AUGGAUCAUGCAUUGAUUCAAUGUGCUACUCGUAAACAAAAGAUCACUUGUGAUCUUUAUGGUACUGCUGGCCAUUACAAACGAACUUGCCCUCGUCGCAAUGAAGACCUUGACAACUCUACUGAGAAGCGCAAGGUCUCCAAGGCACCAGAGAAGCAAUCAAACACUGUCACUUCCAAGUCUUAUGCCGCUCCUAAGAGUGCUUCUGCCUCUCAGCUUGUCGCUGAUGCUGAAGCCAAGGCCGCUGCUGAAGCCAUAGCUGCUGCUGAAAAGGCUGCUACUAACAAAGCUGCUGCUGACAAAACCGCUGCUGAUGCUCGCCACGCUGCCAACGCUCACACAGAGGUUAAUGCCCGCAUUGAUGCGAAUGCUCAGACUGCUGCUAACACUCUCCAUGAGAUAAAUGUUAAUACUUCUUCUCCUGAACACCAACACCGCACUCGCUCAACGACUGGUAGUUCUCCUCCAGAGGUACCUUCACUUCCACCUACCACCCAGCAAUGCAAAUCCUGUAAACGAACCGAUCAUAAGAUCAAAUCCAGCCAUAAACGCCUGAGAAAUCCCAAUAAUCCUAAUUAUAUUCCUGAAACUGAGGAAUUGAUAGAUCCUAUGGACACUGAAAAUGAUGAUGGUUCUGCUUCUAUGCAGAAUUAA